AUGAUACUCUCAAGCAACGAGAAACGUGCGCUGCUAAGGCAGAAAUGCCGGGAAGCGCUGGCAGCUCAUAUUCACGAGCGAUUAGGCCUUACUGUCGCACCGGGUCGGGUCCGAUUACAGCCCUCCGCAGGAGACGGCUAUGCAUGGUCGGUGUCAAAGUCUCAAGAAUACUUAUUGAAAUCGAAUUUGAGCAAUGGAACGGUUGGCUUGUACCAGGCGAUACUUGAUGCACUUGGGCACUCGAUCGAAGCUGUUAGUCCGCCGACGCUGCGGGAAUCGAAUGCUGGCUCCGAUAAGAAGAUGAGCGAUGAGGAGCCGAGCUCGUCGAAUCCUUCUAAGCUACCCGGAACAGCUUUUGAGGGCGACUCUUUCACGGCCACUAUUCAACGACUCGAAGGCGCAAAACAGGAACUUACUGCCGAGCUUGAACGUGCCCAGUUACAUUCAGAGAAAUUGUUUGACGAAAAAGAGGAGUGGGAGGCAAAGUAUUGCAGGAUUCACGAGGAACUCGGCAAGACCAAAUCCCUGGUGAAACAGUUGGAAGAAGAUCUGAGUCGCGCGCACAUGGGGAUUGCGAAAGCUAUGGAGAUGUUAAAGGGCCACCGACUUCCAGAAAAGACACAACCAUGCGAGGCAAAGGAUAUUUAA